GAGGUCAACACACACCAUCGUUGUUCAUCAGCGGCUUUUCAACACGUCAUGCAAAAGUGAAGAAGAGUGGAUUGUUUCAUUUUUGAUCAGGAUUGUAAAGUUCGGGUGCCUCGUUUUAAAUAAAAUAGUACUACCUAAUGAUUUAUGUAAAAAUGCUGCGGAUCGAGGUAAUACUUUUAUUUAUAUCUAUCCUCAAUUUCCUCCCGAUUUCACAUGGUUUGAAGGAAGCGGACUGUGAAGUUUGCGUCAAGACUGUCGAAAAAUUUGCUGCUAGCCUAGAUGAUUCAGUUAAAAAGGAUACAAAGAAAAUAGAAGAUGAGUUCCGGUUAUUCUGCAAGACAGCCAAAAACAAAGAACAACGAUUUUGUUACUAUUUGGGCGGUGUUGAAGAAUCAGCCACUGGAAUCCUGGGAGAGCUAUCGAAACCUCUGAGUUGGUCCAUGCCGGCUUUGAAGAUUUGCGAAAAGCUGAAGAAAAAAGACGCGCAAGUCUGCGAUUUACGGUUUGACAAACAGAUCGAUGUAAAUUCUGUGGAUUUGAAAAAGCUAAAAGUAAAGGACCUGAAAAAAAUUCUUUCUGAUUGGGAUGAGGAUUGUGAUGGUUGCUUGGAGAAAACAGAUUACAUCAAAAGAAUCAAUGAGCUGAAACACAAAUAUGUAAAAACAGAACUGUAGAACUGUAAUUCAUGAAUAUCGCAAGGUAGGUACAUCAUUCUGAACUUUCUUUUUCAAGAUUCUUGAAAGCGCAGAACAAUUUCUCAUGUUAGCAAUCGGUUUCUCAUUUAUUUUUAUUUUUUUGCAACAAGAAACAAAGGAUUAGAUUGUAGCCACAAAUUGUGAUACACAGUUCAUUUGCUAGGAAUACUAGAGUUUUCGAUAUCAAGAGGCUUUGUUGGUUAUUGAAAAAAAAAUGAUGGCUUAAAUUGAUAAUUGUUGUACGCGAGCAUUAGUUGAAUAAAAGAAACGAGAGAUAUGUACAAUCAAA